UGUAUCCAUCCAUUUUUUUUUUUUGCUUUUCCCAUUCUAGAAAAAUUUAUCAACACACAAUUAUUGCUCAUUAUCUUCAAAACUAACACAUAAUUUUUAUCAUACCAUAACACAAAAAUGACACAAACUUCUUCACAAUUAAGUCCACCACAUGAAGCUAUGUUCUUGAUCUUGCCUUAUCUCCCUUUAUAUGAACUUUUAUCAAUGAGUCAAGUUUGCAAGUCAUUUAGAGAUGCUCUAAAACAUGAUAUACUCCCAUGGUUGAAUGUCAUCGUCGAAAAACCGAUAAAUACUCGAUUUUCUGAUGAUUUUUUGGUGAAAAUAAUGUCUAAGGCAAAGGGUAGAAUGAAUAUUGUUGCUCUGAGAAAUUGCUUUAAGAUAACAGAUGAAGGGCUUUUACAAGUUAUUGCUAGUAAUCCUUUUAUCAACAAGCUAUAUUUACAAGGGUGCACUAGCUUAACCAUUGAGGGAGUCAUUGGUGCAGUAAAAUUACUCACCAAACCAAACCAUAAGCUAAAAAACUUAGCUAUUUCUGGCAUCUACAAUGUGAAAAUAGAAGAUUUUCAAACACUUUGUUAUCUAAUGGGAAUAAAUCAAAUGCAAAUGAAACAAAUAAAGAAGAAUUACUAUCACAUGAGAUGCGAAUUAUACACGUUUAAACAAGAAUCUCAGCCUUCAAUCGACGUAGAUAUAUGUCCAAAAUGUGGUGAAAUAAGAGAAGUUUUUGAUUGUCCAAGAGAUUCUUGUAAGAAGAGAAUGCAACAACAACAAAGGCAACUUCUUAUAGAGUGCAGGGGUUGCUUCCUUUGUGUCCCAAGAUGUGAGGAGUGUGGUGUAUGCACCAAAGAUGAAGAAUUAGGUGAAGCAGCUUGUGUAGACAUAUUGUGCUUAAAUUGUUGGCUUCAUCUUCCAAAAUGUAGUUUUUGUAACAAGGCAUAUUGCAACCAGCAUGCUUACCAACAACAUGUUGGCUCUUCUUUAGGGUUCUUGUGUAGUGAGUGUAGUUUUCAAUCAACACAAAGUUCACAUUAGUGGUUUUGAAAUGUGUAUUGUAUAUUGCUUUUUGAUAAACGGAUUUUGAAUUUUAAGUUUAUGGAUUCAAGAUAUUAGAAUAUGAUAGUAAUUAGUGA